GCGUUAUAGAAAACGAACCACCCUUCAAUGACCUGAUGCCCGAUCGUUUUCAAGUGGUCAGGGUGCCUUUUACACAGCAUUCUAGAUGAAGUUAGCCAGCGGCCUGACCAGUGAGGAGUCAGCAAGCGCUCAGCCUCCACAUUAUAUCAAAUUACCGGACUCCCAAAUGAAAACGGCAGAAGAGCUGGGACCUCGUUUGUUCGUACUCUCUGAUCACUUGAGCGAAGAGACGGAUCUAAGGUGUCUCCAACGUGGGUGGAACAUGUCAAGAAGCCACCCACGUAAGAGGGUAUGUUCUGGAACCGGUAAGGCGCGAGAUAGUGAGAUGUAGGCUGUAUAUUCACGGAUGGCCCAUCUUGUGCUCUGCGUGGAAUUUAAAAUUGUUAAUAGCAAUAAAAACCACAGAAAAGAUGGCACGUACUAUAACCAGUCUGCCAGGG